AUGAACCGCUCGUUGUUGCAUGGCGCUCCGCCGCGGGGCGCCCCUCAGUCUGCAUGGAGCGGCCAAGACGCGCGUAGUAGCCUCGCUAUUCAGCCUGCAGCCAAUGCUGGCAAUUUCAAGCUCAAGAAGAAUGCUGUCAAGAUCGUCGGUGCUGCAAGCCCUAGACCCGCAGUCCCUAUGCCAGAACCUGUCAAGGCAAAGGCUAAAGAAACUGACGCACACGCACUUACGAUGCCUAAGUUGACGCCGGCCACUCCUACUCCAGCACCUAGGCCUGCUCCAUCCAAGAUCGAGGUUUCCGAGCAGAACAGUGCUGAAUCAACUCUUGAAAGCAUGUUCUCCCGCCUCACAACUCGGAGCCCUGCUACUACAUCUCGUGCCACUGAAGGCAUCUCGCUAGCUGGACCCGACAAAUCCAUGUUUUCGUUCGAGGGUUAUUCAGACACUGCAGACCGCGGCUAUCUGGCUAAACAGCCUGUGUCUCUCGCCAAGCCGACACCUUCAGGAACUUCUAACGCAACUGCGCUUCCAGAGAACAAGACAGAGCCAGCCAAGAAGAAGUACCAAGAGGAAGCUAAGAACACUACGCCCGGGCAGGACAUGGCACGAGAGGAUCUUGAGCAAGAAUAUCUGCGCAUAGCCAGUGAGUACGUUAGUGCUCUGCCGGCUGGUCAGAAUACCACAGUGCAAGCUAUCAAGGCUGUAUCGAAGAAGCUACGCAGUUCGUACAUCCCGGAUGUUAAGCUUGACACCAAGAGCAACGAGACUCUCAAGGCACGGUACGUCUUCGCCGUAAUCAGCUAUGUCAAUCGGAUUGCCAAGAAGGGGGCAACAGAGCUCACCACGGACUUCGUAAAGGAUGUCUUGAAAGGCAAUGAUGGUUGCUUCCUCGGUUUGUGUGCCAUACUGGUGGAGAAGAAGUACAUCGCACUUGACAAUCUCGACGACGUGGCAGGCUUGUGCAAGACUAUUCUUGAUAUCCUCCCCAAGCCAGACCGUGAGGUUGCGAUUAUGACUACGACUGUUCCUGCAGUUGAGGCAGCUAGGUCGAUUUACAACGAUCCCAUGGACAAGGUGACAGCAUGGCCGACGCAAGAGAAGCGCGAAAAUGCCGCUAGCUAUCGUACAUGUAUACUCAAGGGUGUCUCCGGUAUCACCAGCAUCAAUCAGCUACAAGCUCUUGUCUGGGGUGGUAGGCUCGAGUCCAUCUCCAUGCCAGAGACAGGCUCCAACUUUGCCCUUGUCAAGUUUCUUACACCAGAUGCAUGCCAGAAGUACUUUGAGGCCACCGAGAACGGUAUCGAAGUUGCAGGAGACAAGAAGACGGUCAUCUUCGUGGAGCGGACGGCUGGCCCCAACUCCAUAAACGACGUGAUCCGCAACUGCAUCGAAGGUGAUGCCUCUCGCUGUGUGCGAGCCGUCCUAGGCGUCGGUGACGAGUGGUCCGAUACAAAGCUGAUGGAGAUUGCUUGUGGGAAGGGUCAAAACAAGCGUGAGGUGGAUCGCAUCAAGCGCGGUAAGACCACACGAGACUACAAUUUCGUCGAAUUUCGUUUCGCCAGCAUCUUCCACGCCCUUAACUUCAAGCGCCAGCUAAUGGGGAAUGAGGAAUUCGAGCACUGCACCAUUGGCUACGCUCCAGAUCCCUGCGAGACAGCCUGCGGCGUUCACUACAAGGAUGAAGAUGAGUGA